UCAUCGAUGAAUUACGUGAGAGAAACAAAGUUAAAAAUUCGCCAACCACUCAGUUUAGAUUUAUCAGGUCAGUAUACGAGAGAAAGUCAAGAAUACAAGAUCUCGAGUUGUUUCUCCUUUUAGACGACGACGAACUCUGUUUCGGCGACAAGUGAUAUUGUUUUUCACGGGUUUGUAGUCGCAUCAGGGUAAAAUGUUCUCUGAACGUAUGACGAGAAGACAGAACUGUCAGCUGUUUCUCUUACCUGGAAAUACUUCGUAUAGAAGGAGAGAGUUUGCUUUGGCAUUUGAACCUUAUCGUAAAGCGUUUACAAGUGGAAAUGUUCAUCAACAAACAGCGAUUAUCAAUUUGCUCGUGGACACUUUGAUAUCGGCAGAAACGGAAAGAUUGAAAGAAGAAUUACCUGGAACGGCAGAGAAAUUUGAACUCGAAAAAAUCUUCACUUGUGAAUUGUGUGAGAAAUUAUUUCAUGACCCUGUCACCCUUGUCUGUGGUCAUACAUUUUGCUCAAACUGUUUACAAAGAUAUCUCGGAUCAACGACUUGUCUUGUUUGUGGCCAUUCGUCCACCUUGGAAUAUACGAUGAAUAUUGUGUUGAGGGAAUUAUUAAGUUUAUGGUUCCCUGAGAAGAUGAAGUUGCGGCAAAAAAUUGAAGAAGCAAACCUGUUGCUACAUGAUUCAAAAAUGCGAGAAUUUGAUGAACUCGUAGAAAAGUUGAUGGUUGAAUAUCCUAAAAUUGCCGAACUGUAUUAUUUAAGAGCUAUCGGCCAUAAACGCAGUGGAAACAUUCAUAAUGCACUGAAGGAUUUGAAUGUUGCUGUCAGCCUUUCUCCCUUCUCAAGUAAAGUGUUGUUUUGUAGAGGUCAAGUCUUAGAGAGUUUCGAUGAGCAGGAGGAAACGACAGCAAUGUAUCUCAGAGCGUCAGCGUUAAAACCUAACAACUGCGUGUAUAGAUCGGUUCUAACUGCCUAUUUGGAAAUACUUCUCAGGAACAUUUGCCUAAAUCCUCACUCAGGCAGUCCACAGGAGCGCAAAGGAGUAAACAAGAGAGUUAUGAAAAGUUUUGAAAGUACAAUUCCUUUGAGAAGUUUUGAUAAACUCACAUCUUCUAGAAGAAAUCUUCAUGAAAAGAUGGAAACCGUGAACAGAAGUAACUUGUUCCCUCAGGAAGACCAUGAGUCUGUACUAUUUACAGAAGAGCGCAUGGAAGAAAGCUUAACGAAAGAUAAGUACCCUAGAAAUAAGAAAGUAUAUCAACAAGACACCAAGACCAACAUUUCUACAAAUGAAAAAGCAAAUUGUACAAUUCCUAGUGAAAUAGAAUGCAAACUUUGUUACAACCUGAUGUAUCAAGCUGUCUCGACACCUUGCGGACACUCGUUCUGUCAAUCCUGUUUAAGACGGUGUCUUGACCAUAGAAUGGAAUGUCCUUGUUGCAGGGCAAACCUGAAUAGUUAUCUAGAACACUUAUUAAAUGGAAAAGUUGGUACAUGCGCGGUUAUUGACAACAUCGUGAAGUUAAAGUUUCCCACCGAAUAUCAGGAAAGGAAAGCUAACUACGAAAAAGAAAUGAGCAGAUUUUCAAGAUGUGACAUCAAUGACAACGAAAUACCAGUCUUCGUAUGUACUUUUGCUGUGCCUGGUAUUGCCUGCCCUUUGCACAUAUUUGAACCUCGUUAUAAACUUAUGAUACGACGGUGCUUGGAAAGCGGCUCACGUCAAUUUGGCAUGUGUGUUCCAGACCCCGAGACCGGUUUCUCAACAGUCGGUACCAUGCUCUACAUUAACGACGCAAAAUUUCUACCGGAUGGUCGAUCUAUAGCUCAAACGGUUGGAUAUCGUCGGUUUGAAGUCUUAGAGAGAGGUGUUAGGGAUGGUUAUAACACGGCGAAAGUCAAGUGGUUAGAAGAUGUCCGGGAUGAAGUCGACAGCAGUCAACUAAAUCACGACGUUUAUAAAUUGAUGUUACUCUGGUUCAAAACACUUCCACGUGAGCAACAGAUGUGUAUAGUGAAAGCAGUCGGUCCCAUGCCUCAAGCAUUGAGCGCAACGGACAUGAACGGUCCCAAUUGGUUAUGGUGGAUUUUAGCAGCAAUACCACUAAAUGUUGAAGCAAAACUUAUCAUUCUAUCGAUGGUUUCUGUAAGAGAACGAUUAAGCAGUAUCAAGAGAUUUCUUGUUUUAUUACUGACUAGAAUAUAAAUUGAAACCAUUGAACUAAAUACUUCACAAGAAGACUACCCUUUGUUAAACAUGCCUAUAAAAAUCUCCAGACUCUCCUGUCUGGAACUAAAGUCCCUAUUUUAAUACAUAAACGUUGUUUUCGCCGUGAGAAAAGACUGGCACUAACCGAAUUGCUGGCUUUAUAUAUUGUCGUGAGGCAGUAGCAGUCCAGUUAUAUUUAGUUCAAUGGGUAAUGGUCAAGUGUAAUAGCACAGUUAUCUAUUUUGUUUCUUUAUAUGUUGUACAAGCUCAUAAACUUUAUUUUGUCGAUACACUAAAUUAUUCACAUUCCAUUUAUAAAAAAUGAAACAAAUUUCCAAACAGCGACCUUUGUCCGCUA